AUGGCGACCUCUGAGGGAAUUUCUACUUUUCAGAGCCUUUUGUACGUAGCUGAUCAGCCAGUUGAAAACAUUGCAGACACUUUUAAAGGUCUAGUACCAGAACAGAAAAGGUUUGAAGCUGCUUGUAAGUUAAUGGCGAUGCUUGAAGAUGGCGACUUAAAGGCAAACCAACGAAUUGUUGCCCUUUAUAUUCUAUAUCAUUUAUAUAACGUCGUUCCCAUUCACGAAAACCCAUUUCUUUUGCUAUUUCUGAAUCUCUAUAAAGCACUGUUCUCAAAUCUUGCUUUUGUCAAAGCUAAUUAUGAUUUGUUGGUUGAAUUUCGUGUGGAGGCUUUAAUUUUAGCUGACAAAGGAGCACAGCUGGCAAAUAAAACUCCGACUGAUAUAUUCUUUCAAUUUUCAAACACCGAAAAUUCACUAAUGGAUACAGAGGAAGUCAACAUUGCAAGAUUUGAGUACUACAUUAAAAAUGAGUUCGAUGUUCGUCCAAAAGGACAACUAGAGAGGCAACCUGAAACCAAAAAAUCACGGUCUUGGGCUGAAAUUGGUGAUAAGGAGGUCAAAGAAAUUUCGUAUACUUCUCCCCAAGUUCCAGUAAUGCAACAUGAGUCUCAUUCACUUGAGUUGGAUUCUGUGAUGGAAGUGGACUAUAACACACUGGUAGCAGAUUUGGAUCGCGAUGAGGUUAGGUCUUUGAUGAAUAGAGCUUUGCAAGGAGCAUUGUCAAUACCAGAAGAAGAGCAACUUGAAAAGAAUGAUAAGCUUAUCUAUACUUGCGACUUUUCUCCGGAAAAGCUUCCUUUCCUGAUCGAAAACAAUUCAAGAGUUGCCAUAAAAGUAUUAUUACAACUUAAGUCGUCCCCGCAGAUUGACCAAUACUUGGAGACACUUCUUACUAUUGACGACCCAGAGCGAUCACAACAAUCUUCUAUGGAACCGGUUAACAGAAUGAGGUCCUCUAUGGAAGUUGUCAAUAACCUUUUGUUAUCGUUCCCACUCACACCAGAAUUUCUUCACUCUUAUCUCUCCAACUGUGUUCGUGCUUGUGAAGAAUGUCAAAAUAGAAAUAUACAAGAACGUCAAGUUCGUCUUAUCUGCGUCUUUCUUCAGUCGCUUAUUCGUAAGAAUAUAAUAGAUGUUAGCAGGUUUUUUAUUGAGAUACAAGCAUUUUGCCUCCAAUUUUCGAGGAAUCGAGAAGCAGCUAGUUUGUUUAGGUUUUUACUUGGUUACCAAAAAGAAGCAGUUAGUGAAGAAGUUGCUGCUUUAAGUGAACUACUGAACAGUAGUGAUAUCAACGGUGAGAACGGUGACCAUUCGGGAAAAUGUGAAUUAUCAUAG